AAUACACUUAACAUGAAAUAAUACAUUUUGUAUGUAGUAGUAGCCCAUAGUAGUAAAAUUAGUCCACUGUUUUACCUCUAACAUUGAAAAAUGUGCCUGGCAUUGUCAAGUAAAUUGCAAACCAUUUGUACAUCGACACAAUCGACACAAUCAAUAUAAAAGACUAGUUUUCAGCGAUCAAAUCGUACUUCAUAAAGCUACGACCAUGAAGUGGGUUGUAGCUAUCGGUUUCAUCAGCCUCGUUGCGGUGUACGCCAGAGAGCUAGAUGAUGAUUCGAAGGAUCUUGUAGCAGCUGCCAGUGGCAAGGGACAUCAUCAUGAAGAAGGAGGUGGCAAGGAGCACCAUGCCCAUCACCACCAUGAACACGGGGAAAAGGGACACAAAGGGCACAAAGGGGAUCAUCAUCACCACAAGGGAGAGCAUGGUGAUCAUGGGAAACAUCACCAUGCUGGACAUCACCAUGAACAUGGUGGUGGACAUAAAAAACAUUGGGACAAACAUGAUCAUCACGGCCAUCAUCACAAACAUGGGCAUCAUCACAAAGGCGCUAAACACGGUCACCAUGAACAUCAUGAUAAGGGAGAUAAAACUGAUGGAUACCACAAGAAAUACCACAAAGAUACAUCCCACAAGGACCAUCAUUUCUAUGACGAUCAUCACGACGAAGGCAAGCACCAUAAGCAUGGGAAACAUCAUGGUCAUCAUGAAAAGCAUGGCGGUGAGCACAAAAAGGGUGGUCACCAUAAGCACGGUCAUCACGAAGAACACUAUGGGAAAAAAGGUCACCAUGAUAAGCAUCAUUAUGAUGAGGAUCAUCAUGGUCAUAAGGGCCAUCACGGUCAUGAGGAGCAUCAUCAUCAUCAUCAUGACCAUGGUAAGAAGGGUGGCCACGAAGACCAUAAGCACUGGGGCUUCCACCAUGGAAAACAUUAAUCAUCUUACUUUACUAAAGAUUACACCAAUAGAUAAUAAUUGUUCUUACUUAAUUGAAUGUUGCCAGUUAAAGAUAGUAGGUAGUUCUUAUUAAGCGUC